GAUCUGAGAAAUACACACGGUACGCUCGAUCUUUGUGCAGAAAUGUUCACGGUUCUUCUGGUUUUCGUACCUCCACGAUUAACAUGGAGGAUUAUUAUCGGUUAUAGAACCAUACUGAUUGCAAACAUCUCCAACAAGUACCCGUAGGCCCUAUACAGAAGAUCGUAAAAAGCUUCUCAUCGUAAGGGGGUACCAGUUUUUCUGUAACGGGAAGAUUUACCAGCAGCCAGAAGAAUGGCAUUAGACAUCUCUCCAGGCUUCUACAUGCUGCCUCUACCCAUCAACAAAGACAUCAACAUCGACAGAGCCGUGGUGGAGACAAAACUUAGAGAUUUGGAUCACUUCCGUCGGGUACGAACAGGCCGAUCUGAAGAGCUUGCCAUCCUGAACCUGCAAGGUCUUCUGGUACUCCGACUACGCCGUCAUGAGGAAGCUCUUGGCUACUUCCACGCAGUCUUGGCCAAAGAUCGAGUCAAUCUGAAUGCAUUAGCCAACCUGCAGUAUGUUUUAGAGAAGCUCUUUAGAAUGGCUGAGGCACAGCAUUGCAAGGAUGAGCAAAUCCACUUACUUGAUUUAGGAGAGAGCGCAGACAGCUCAAAGAAACCUAAGUUGUCUGAAUCACAGAGGAUGAUUAAAGCCCGCUGCCUGGCCGAACAGGCGUAUGCGUAUGCCUUUGAUAUCCACUCUGACACUGUUGAGGGGAAGAGAUACAUGGAAUCUAAUGAUUUGUACCGAAAGGCACUUGAACUUGGAGGGAAAGCUGUAGAAACUACCGAAAAAGACGAUUGGAAAUUUUGCAUUGCAUUUAAUGCACAUAAACUGUUUGACAAUCUUUAUUAUGAGAAUAAGCAUAGUGCUUCCAAAGAGAACAUUGAAAUUGCUGUAAAUCUGUUUUAUGAAAUCACUCAGAGGAGUCCAGGCGAUCCCGAAUUCCAAUGGGAUAGUUGGCGGCACUUGGCCGAUAUUUUCAGAGCGUUGAAAAUCAGGAAGAUUUCUAUAGAUUUGCGCCAGGAGUUCAAAGAAUUCCAGGACGAUCCAGAAAAGUGCAUGUUGCGGGCUAUGAAGGUGUCGCCGAACAAUGCUAGGCUCUUGGCCCGCUAUGCAAACUUCCUGUACUCCCUAAAGAAGGAAAUUCAGAAACCUUUGGAACUUUUGGAGCAGUCCAUAAGUCUGGACAGUUCAGAGUUCAACUUUUAUGCAUUCACUACAAGAGCUAUGAUCAACAUCAAGCACUAUUAUAGCCAGUUGAGAGAGGCAGGCCAAGACAGCUCCAAGAUGGGUCUUCUUCGGAAUGUUCUCCAGCUGGCCAAAAAUGACCUGGAAAAAGCAAUGGCUAUGCAUGUGACCCCUUGGGAUUUGGCACGCCUAGGGGAGGUCUAUUACCUCCUUGCCAAGAACCACACAGAGCAAGAUGGCGAGGUCAGGUCUUUGAUUGAGAAAGCCUUGUUGCAUUUCACCAAAGCGGCGGAUUGCCAAGAUGGUCACAAGAGGAUUGAGGUACAUCUUAUGCGAGGACGAUGCUUGUUUGAUAUCGGAGAAAAACGCUCAGCUAUCGGAUGCUACAAACAAGCAACAGAUUGUGAACCUGCAAAAAGCAAUUACACCGGUAACUUCAAUGAACUUCUCAACGUCUAUAUGAGUAUACUUCAUGAGGAGAAACCUACCAAGGACAAAGCUAUCUUAGCUGAGGCUGCAUACUGUUUGAAAAGGGCGCUACUUAAAUAUGGAGAGAAAAACAUGAGAACAUUUUGUAUUAACAAGUUCAGAUCUGCAUAUGCAGACGAAUUUCAACAGCUGGUUGAUUACUGUGGCCAGUAUGGGGAACUCAGUCAACUGUCAUCUUUACUAGCGCCAGUUGAACCUGUCUCCCAGGCUAGCCUAGUAUGUGUUGACACUGGAGGAAAACUUAAGCAUCCUUGGACUAAAACUUUUUUUCACAAGGCAGGUGACAUCACAAAAGGAGAUAGUGGAAAUACAGUAAAGGAAGCCUCAGGCGUGGUCGCUGAUGAAAAUUUGGAUGUGGAUGCUGAUCAUGCUGUCUCAUUCACUGUGUCCAAGAAGGAAGCUGAGAGUGAUGAUGUUCAUGAGAUGGCAUCUCUGGCUAGAGACAUGGCAAAAGUUGGCGUCAAGGAGCAACCUGUAAGAUCGAAGGAGCAGCCAAUUAGGAAAGCGCUUGAGAAAGCACGAGUGUCCAGCUUCGAGUUCGACUUUUUUGUAGUCUACCCUGAGAGCCAGAAAAAUUGGGUGUCGUAUGACCUUCUGGUAGAAUUGGAGGAAAUCCGGAAAUUGAAAGGAUGUACUCGUCAUAGGGACGCCAAACCAGGAAUUUAUGUAUUCAGGAAUGAAAUUGAGCUGAUGAAAUGCAGUGCGAGUAUUUUGUUGAUAAACGAUAAAGACUUCAACAACGAGUGUGAAUAUUCGAUGAACCAGGCUGUCCGACUUCGGAAGACUAAGGAUUGCAAUCGGGUGGUUAUUCCAAUCACGAGAGACACUUCAGAGAUACCCGAGGAGAUCAGCGUCUUCAAGUUUUUUGAUGCCACGGGUGCAGUUGACUGGAACAAGUUGGCACUUUGCAUCGAACAACAGAUAGGCCUAUAGUUAACUGUAAUUUGGGGAUGUAUGGGAGCCUUCUGGGGGGUUGUUUCAAUUCAAGGGAUUUGGGAAUAGAAGAAAUACGUUUGAUGUGCUUGGUUGUUAUUUUAUCAUUAGUAUUAAACCUAAUCUCACCACUUACAGCGUGAUGAAUGUCAGCCGUAAAAUCAACAUGUACCUCUUGACAUUAAAAGGAGUAAUUACCCUUUUUGUGAUGCUUGGACUUGUGGGUUUUUUGAGGGGAGUUCUUUCCGAGACUUAGUUAGUGUGUGAUGAAAUCGCUAAUCGCUUGGAGACAAAAAACACGAUUUAUUGUGAUAAACAAUUUGUUAAAUAAUUAUAAACUCAAACUCCUGCAUCUUUGUUCAGUAAAUGGAUUUCAAAUGAACUUGAUAUGAAUUCAAAAUUACACGGUUAAAGCUAUUGUGUUUGAUUAAAAUGUAAUGUAAUGUACGUCUGGUAAUAACAAACGGUUGCUGUUUGUUUAAUGAUUCAUUACAAUGCAAAGGAAUUUAUAGUCAUCAAUGUUAGGGUAGUUAAUACAUUCCAAGAUAUUUAUUACAGUGCGGCUUAGACUUGCAAGCUCAGAGGAAAAUAAUCAGAAUGAUACAGAGCAUUUUCCAAAGUUGGUGUUAUUUCAAUUUACUCUUGAGGUAUUGUAUUAUUACUCCAAAAGAUUUCCAGCAGGUUUCGGAGUAGCAAACUCCCACGAAUAUAAUUAGAAAAUCCAGAAACUUUCAGUUCCAAAAUUGCAUUUAGGCCUACUUUAAUUUACUUUUUUUUGCAUUUGAUAUAUUUUUCAAAAAGAAUUCCUAAAAGUCUGCUUGAUGACAAUCCUUUUGCAUUUAGGGAUGAUUUGUGGAAUAUCAUUGUCUCUGGGAUAAACCUUUCAGAGCUAAUUAUGAAUUUCUAUCAGAUCUUAGAACUUGAUGAAUUAACCUUAUAUCUCACUCCUUCUUAAAACGGUCGCCUCUGCCAGUGCAACACAGGCUGCGGCAGCAAAGAUAGCAAACAGACUCGUUGAUCAUGAUAACCGAGGCCAGAACCAGACCAAUGAAGAGGUAGACGUUUAGGCCUAGGAGAUUUCUCUGAAUGUAAUUGAGAUCCAUGAUCGCUCCCAAACCUGGUGACGUGUAGGAUAUAGCCAGCCACGUUGUCUGCCAGUCUGCCCCUGUUUUGAGAGUCGCGUAUGAUCUUAGAGACGCGCUGUGCGUUUACACAGAAUCUAAAAGGAAGUGAAAAUGCUGUAUGAUUUUCAUUGUACAAAAUAUCCGCUAAAUGUGACAACAAAAUGAUAAAGGCAGUGUAUAAUUUGCCAUUGGCGGCAAAACCAGUAA